CAAACACUUCAAUACAACUCAAAUCCCAAAAAGUCCACACAAACUCUCUUCUCUCUUCUUCUUCUUCUGCUUCUUAAGAGAGAGAGAGAGAGUAUAUGGCGGUGGAGCUCAUGACUCGGAAUUACAUCUCCGGCGUUGGGGCUGAUAGCUUCGCCGUUCAAGAAGCAGCAGCUUCAGGACUCAAAAGCAUCGAAAAUUUCAUUGGUUUAAUGUCUCGUGACAGCUUUAACUCCGACCAACCGUCUUCUUCUUCCGCCUCUGCCUCCGCCUCCGCCGCAGCCGAUCUUGAAUCAGCUCGUAACACGACGGCGGACGCGGCGGUUUCCAAGUUUAAAAGAGUCAUAUCUCUUCUAGAUCGAACUCGAACCGGUCAUGCCCGGUUUAGACGUGCUCCGGCUCAGGUGAUUUCUCCGGUUAUGAUUCAAGAAGAACCUAAAACGGCACCGUUCCAUUCUCUUCCUCCUCCGGCGCCGCAGAUGAUCCGUAAAGGUUCGUUUUCUUCAUCGUUCAAAACGAUUGACUUCUCAUCUCUCUCAUCAUCUGUGACAACGGAAUCAGACCACCAACACAAUCAUCAUCGUCCCUCUGAAACGGCGCCGUUUAGGACGACGAUGACUCAAACUCAAAGCCUCUCCACGACUGUUUCUUCUUUCUCAAAACCAACGAAGAGAAAAUGUAAUUCCGAGAACCUCCUCGCCGGAAAAUGCGCUUCUGCCACUUCCUCCGGUCGUUGUCAUUGCUCCAAGAAAAGAAAGAUAAAACAGAAGAGAGUGAUUAGGGUUCCGGCGAUAAGUGCUAAAAUGUCCGAUGUUCCUCCAGAUGAUUACUCAUGGAGAAAAUACGGACAAAAACCAAUUAAAGGAUCUCCUCAUCCAAGAGGAUACUAUAAGUGCAGUAGCGUAAGAGGUUGUCCAGCACGUAAACAUGUUGAGAGAGCAGCUGAUGAUUCGUCAAUGUUAAUCGUUACUUACGAAGGAGAUCACAAUCAUUCACUCUCCGCCGCUGAUCUCGCCGGAGCAGCUGUAGCUGAUCUUAUUUUGGAAUCGUCUUAAAAAAAACAAAAGAAAAAUCUUUAUAUAUUAAGGCUUAUGAAUUUUAGAUCCUUUCAUUAGUACUACUCUUCUUGUUUAAAUGAAUCAAACGACAGAAACUAUGAAAAUCAUGUAAUCAAAGAAAGCUUUUGGUGGAAGAUUAUCAAAUUUUUAGUUUAUAAAA